ACCAUUCAAAUACUUAUCUCCAACGCAAGCAAACUAAUAAAUUAUUUUCAACAUAGAUAUUUUCUGUGUAAAAAGAAAAUCGAAAGAGAAUCAGAAUAAUCGAUCACUCUCAGACGAUUACAGAGAAGAGAGAGAGAGAGAGAGAGAGAGAUGAAGUUGGUUAUGUCAUUGAGUGUUGUUGUAGUGGUUGUGCUCUCUUCGUUCUGCGAAUUAGGGUUUUCCAGAGACGACGGUUUUAUAAGGAUGAAACCAAUCCUCGGAGGAAUUCACGAUUGCAUGGGGAAUCAAAACAGUGCUGAGAUUGAGAGCAUUGGCCGAUUCGCUGUCCAAGAACACAACAAGAAAGAGAAUGCACUUCUUGAGUUUGCAAGAGUGGUGAAGGCCAAAGAACAGGUGGUUUCUGGCAAGAUGUACCAUCUUACCCUGGAGGCCGUUGAUGCUGGUAAGAAAAAGAUAUAUGAAGCGAAAGUUUGGGUGAAGCCAUGGAUGAACUUUAAGCAGUUGCAGGAAUUCAAGCAUACCCAUGAUUCCCCUUCAGUCACUUCUGCUGGCCUCGGUGUGAAACGAGAUGGUCACGGACCAGGAUGGCGAUCAGUGCCAACUCAUGACCCUGUGGUCCAAGGUGCAGCACAUCAUGCUGUGAAGACCAUCCAGCAGAGAUCCAACUCGCUGGCCCCAUAUGAACUACUAGAUAUCCUUCUAGCUAAGGCCGAGGUAAUUGAAAAUUAUACCAAAUUUGCUAUGCUUCUGAAGCUUAGGAGGGGAACAAAGGAAGAGAAGUUUAACGUACUAGUAAAUAAGAACAGAGAAGGAAAGUUUUAUUUGAACCAGAUGAAACAAGAUCACUCCUGAAUGUGUUACCUUUCUGUUGUGUUAAAAAUAUUAAAAUUAAUACUGCCUAUUAUGUUAAAAAAGUGUAUUGAUACCUAUGUUUGGCAGCUAAACCUGCUAGUUGUAAAUUUGUGAACUGGCAUCACUUGCUGUUAUAUAGAUAUGGCUUUAAUAAGUUCUUUUC